CCCCAGUCGCGCCGGCGGCUGGACGGGAGCGGAGCGGAGCCGCGGCGCGCUGCCUGCCCGCCCCGUCCCGACCCCGACCCAUGCGCUGAGGGGCGGCGGGAUGGGGCUGCGGGGCGGUGGCGGCCGUGCCGGGGGGCCGGCUCCCGGCUGGACGUGCCUGCUGCUGUGCGCCGCGCUCCGGAGCCUGCUGGCCAGCCCGGGCAGCGAGGUGAAUUUACUGGACUCACGCACAGUAAUGGGGGAUCUAGGAUGGAUAGCCUACCCAAAAAAUGGGUGGGAAGAAAUUGGUGAGGUGGAUGAAAACUAUGCUCCGAUACACACAUACCAAGUAUGCAAGGUAAUGGAACAGAAUCAGAACAACUGGCUUCUGACCAGCUGGAUCUCUAAUGAAGGGGCUUCCCGUAUCUUCAUUGAACUCAAAUUUACCCUGAGGGACUGCAACAGCCUUCCAGGAGGACUUGGGACUUGCAAAGAGACUUUUAACAUGUACUACUUUGAGUCAGAUGAUGAAGAUGGGAGGAACAUCAGAGAGAAUCAGUACAUCAAAAUAGAUACCAUUGCUGCUGAUGAGAGCUUCACAGAGUUAGACCUCGGCGACAGAAUCUUGAAGUUAAACACAGAAGUGAGAGAUGUUGGGCCUCUAACAAAAAAAGGAUUUUACCUUGCUUUCCAGGAUGUGGGUGCCUGCAUCGCCCUGGUCUCUGUGCGUGUAUACUACAAGAAAUGCCCAUCAGUGAUCCGCAACCUGGCACGCUUUCCAGAUACCAUCACAGGAGCAGAUUCCUCGCAGCUGCUAGAAGUAUCAGGCGUCUGUGUCAACCACUCAGUGACUGAUGAGGCACCAAAGAUGCACUGCAGCGCAGAGGGAGAAUGGCUGGUGCCCAUCGGGAAGUGUUUGUGCAAGGCAGGGUACGAGGAAAAGAACAAUACCUGCCAAGUAUGCAGACCUGGGUUCUUCAAAGCUUCACCCCACAGUCCAUCCUGCAGCAAAUGUCCCCCUCACAGCUACACGCUUGAUGAAGCAUCCACAUCUUGCCUGUGUGAAGAGCACUAUUUUAGGAGGGAAUCAGACCCACCUACAAUGGCCUGUACAAGACCCCCCUCUGCUCCCCGGAGUGCCAUCUCAAAUGUUAACGAGACUAGUGUCUUUCUGGAAUGGAUUCCCCCUGCUGAUACUGGUGGAAGGAAAGAUGUGUCUUAUUAUAUUGCAUGCAAGAAGUGCAACUCACACUCAGGUCUGUGCGAGGCAUGUGGCAGUCAUGUCAGGUACCUCCCCCAGCAAACCGGCCUGAAAAACACCUCUGUCAUGAUGGUGGAUCUGCUUGCUCAUACAAACUAUACCUUUGAAAUUGAGGCAGUGAAUGGAGUGUCCGACCAGAACCCUGGAGCCCGACAGUUUGUGUCUGUAAAUGUAACCACAAACCAGGCAGCACCUUCUCCAGUCAGUAGUGUGAAAAAAGGGAAGAUAACUAAAAAUAGCAUCUCCCUUUCCUGGCAGGAGCCAGAUCGACCCAACGGCAUCAUCCUGGAAUACGAAAUCAAAUAUUUUGAAAAGGACCAGGAGACAAGCUACACCAUCAUCAAAUCCAAAGAGACCACGAUUACAGCAGAUGGCUUGAAACCAGGCUCAGCAUACGUCUUCCAGAUCCGAGCCCGGACGGCUGCUGGCUACGGUGGCUUCAGUCGAAGAUUUGAGUUUGAAACCAGCCCAGUGUCAGUAGCUGCAUCCAGUGACCAGAGCCAGAUUCCUAUAAUUGUUGUGUCUGUAACAGUGGGAGUUAUUCUGCUGGCUGUUGUUAUCGGUUUCCUUCUCAGUGGAAGUUGCUGCGAUCAUGGCUGUGGGUGGGCUUCUUCUCUGCGUGCUGUUGCCUAUCCGAGCCUAAUAUGGCGGUGUGGCUACAGCAAGGCUAAACAAGACCCAGAAGAAGAAAAGAUGCAUUUUCAUAAUGGCCACAUUAAACUGCCUGGUGUAAGAACCUACAUUGAUCCCCACACCUACGAGGACCCUAAUCAAGCUGUCCACGAGUUUGCCAAGGAAAUAGAAGCUUCGUGUAUUACCAUUGAAAGAGUUAUCGGAGCCGGUGAAUUUGGAGAAGUCUGCAGUGGACGACUGAAACUGCAGGGAAAACGCGAGUUUCCAGUGGCCAUCAAAACUCUGAAAGCUGGCUACACGGAAAAACAGAGAAGGGAUUUCCUGGGAGAAGCAAGCAUCAUGGGGCAGUUUGACCACCCCAACAUCAUCCACCUGGAAGGUGUUGUCACAAAAAGCAAACCUGUAAUGAUAGUAACGGAAUACAUGGAAAAUGGUUCUCUGGAUACAUUUUUAAAGAAGAACGACGGGCAGUUCACGGUCAUUCAGCUGGUCGGGAUGCUGCGAGGCAUCGCAUCAGGGAUGAAGUACCUGUCUGACAUGGGUUACGUACACAGAGACCUUGCUGCCAGGAAUAUCCUCAUCAACAGCAACUUAGUCUGCAAGGUGUCCGACUUUGGUCUCUCCAGAGUCCUAGAAGAUGAUCCUGAAGCAGCGUACACUACCAGGGGAGGGAAGAUCCCCAUCCGAUGGACGGCACCUGAGGCCAUUGCCUUCCGCAAAUUCACGUCGGCCAGCGAUGUGUGGAGCUACGGCAUUGUGAUGUGGGAAGUGAUGUCCUAUGGAGAGAGACCUUACUGGGAAAUGACAAACCAAGAUGUAAUUAAAGCCGUGGAGGAAGGCUAUCGCCUGCCACCUCCCAUGGACUGCCCAGCUGCUCUUCACCAGCUGAUGCUUGACUGCUGGCAGAAAGACCGCAACAGCAGGCCCAAGUUUGACGAAAUUGUCAGCAUGUUGGACAAGCUCAUCCGUAACCCAAGCAGCUUGAAGACGUUGGUUAAUGCAUCGAGCAGAGUAUCAAAUUUGUUGGUAGAACACAGUCCAGUGGGGAGCGGUGCCUACAGGUCAGUGGGAGAGUGGCUGGAAGCCAUCAAAAUGGGCCGAUACACCGAGAUUUUCAUGGAGAAUGGAUACAGUUCGAUGGAUUCUGUGGCUCAGGUGACCCUAGAGGAUUUGAGGCGGCUGGGAGUGACACUUGUUGGUCACCAGAAGAAGAUAAUGAACAGCCUUCAAGAGAUGAAGGUCCAGUUGGUGAAUGGGAUGGUGCCAUUGUAACUCGGUUUAUAAGUCACUUCCUCAAGUGGUCGGUCCUGCACUUUGUAUACUAGCUCUGAGAUAUAUUUUGACUAAAGAAGAAAAAAAGGGAAAUUCAGUGGUUUCUGUAACUGAAGGACGCUGGCUUCUGCCACAGCAUUUAUAAAGCAGUGUUUGACUGAAGUUUUCAUUUUCUUCCUAUUUGUGUCCUCAUUUUCAUGAAGUAAAUGUAACAUGCAUGGAACAUGGAAAUGGAUCUACUGUACAUGAAGUUAACCAAUUUCUUGCGCUUCAGCGAUGACAACAGCAAGCCUUCCCACCACAUGUUGUCUAUACGUGGGAUAUAUAUAUAUAUAUAUAUAUGCGUAUAUAUAUAUAUAGCACCUUUAUAUACUGAAUUACAGCAGCAGCGCGUGUUAAUACUUCCAAGGACUUACUUGACUAGAGAAGUUUUGCAGCCAUUUGUGGGCUCACACAAGCUGCGGUUUACUGAAGUUUACUUCAAGUCUUACUUGUCUACAGAAGUGUAUUGAAGAGCAAUAUGAUUAGAUUAUUUCUGGAUAGAUAUUUUGUUUUGUAAAUUUAAAAGAUGCUGUUACACAGCGUUAAGUUAUAGAGACUAGUGUAUAAACAUGUUGCUUGCUCAGUGGCAAAUACAAUACAGGGUGUAUAUUUUUUUUCUCUCUGUGUUACAAAGUUCUUUUAGUUUGCUCUUCUGUGAGGAUAAUACGUUAUGAUGUAUAUACUGUACAGUUUGCUACACAUCAGGUACAAGAUCGGGGCUUUCUCAAUGUUUUGCUCUUUUUUCCUCUUUUGCUUCAUUUUGUCUUCCUUUUGUGUUAACCACUGUGCUUUGUAUUAUUGCUGCUGUUUGGUUUGAGCAACAUAUAAAGCUUUCAGGUGUUUUGAUUAUAUAUAUGAGGUGGAAGGAGUCUGCUUAAAUAAAGAACACCAUUCUCCAUUGUGGGCUGGGGAUAUCCCGAAGAGGAAAAGUAAAAUGGGAGUUAAAACAUCCAGCCUUCAUCAUCCGUCAGCAGCGUUGCGGCAUCUGUUUUCUUUGUGCGUUUCAUAACUUGCACCUGGUGUGCCCCUUCCUGGAAAGAGAAGAUGCCCACGGAAUGUAUCUGCACCAGUGUUUAAACCCGGUACUGUCACAAGGUAGCCUUUGACCUGCUCCCUUGCUUUCCUUGCUGUGAACCUGCACCCUUCCUGGCCCAGGAGAACCAACGUAGGGAAGGUUGGGCAAGUCAGCUGCAAAACACUGAUUCAUCUUACAGAAAUGGGUACAGACCUGGCCACUGUGGGGCAGGGCACAGAGAGGAGCAUAAAAGAGAGAGCAGCCCAAUAUAGUGAUGGCGUUGGCACCCCAUGGUAAAGAUGAUCUGUCUGAAUCUGACACUGUAUGUCAGCACUUGGUUGUAACUGGGGGUCAGUGUGCACACUGCAAUUUGAAGAUGAUGUUUUCAGGGGGACCUAAAGGCCACAGUAAGAUAUUGAGUCCUUGAAAUCUCACCAAGAAAUAAUUUGGGGCUGUUCUCCUUUAGCUGUAGGUGGGAGUAAUCAGCGCAGUUAAUUCAGUAUUCAUAGGUUGUUUUGUGAAGCUUUGGUAAAGAUAAGGAUUAAAGAAUUGCUCGGCAGAUGGCAAGUGUUUACUGUAGAUAUAUUGCUUCCUUGGAGGUGUUGGAUAGCAUCUUCCUUGAUAAUAACAUCGACGUAUUGACUUACUGUGUUUCCCCUUGUCCCCUGGCACUGCAGAGUAGAGCCUGAGCACCUCACCUAAUGCCAAAAGGCAACCAUUUUCCUUCUCCCCUUGCAAAACCAUGUGUUGAACGCCAAUUCAGCUGGUUUUAAAGGUCUUUCUUCAACUUCCUCAAACCCCUUUGAUGAGAUUUAAUCUAACAGUUUCUAAAGAAAAGGGGUGGGAAAAGGUAUAGGAGGAGAGGGUUUGUUGUGGUGUUUUUUUUUUCUUUCUCAGGAGCAAGGCUUGCUUUCCACAGGGCUUCUUGCUGCAAAAUGUGUCCAUUUUGAAACAGCCUGCAUGCUCAGUGAUGUCCAUUUCUCCUCUCAUAACUGCUGUUUUUCUGAGUCACAGGCAAAGUCUAAAAGAGCAGAGAGAAACAGGUGCAUGGAAGGGCAGGAGCACAUGCUUGCCCCCCUCACCCUGCUGCCUCAGCUCUCGCUGCUCAUAGGACCAUCGAGCUUGCCUGGCAGCACAAGAAAUGGGACAGAGCUGAGUUGUGCACUGAGACACAGCCAGGCAGAAGGGGAAGGUCUGACAAACCUUGAUUGUGUGAUUUCUCAUCCUGUUGCUUCAUUUUGUCAGCCACCAGGCCACAAAAGCUGGGGGAGAAGGAAUCAAGACAUAACAAUUUCGGCACAUAGCAGAGAUUUGUCAAAUAAUAAAUAACAUUAUUAGGGCUGUCAGCAGAGCUGUCUUGGGAUUAUUUGUGCCUCUCUGCCUGUAGCACUUUGUAAAAUAACCCGUAGGAAGACAGAAAGAACAACUCGUUUCCUUGGGAAGUAUCGUUCGGUUUCCACAUGCAUCCAUCAGCUGCACCGAGGGAGAUUUUAGUUGCAAAUUUCAGCACUUAGCCUUUCUGCCUAUUUUCUUUGGUUGUUCAUUAACUGCUGGCUCUGUUUAAGGAUUUGGGUUUGUUCUUUUUUGUGUACUUCUACAAGAAAAUCCCAUCGCCGUUUGUGGGGUUUUAAAGGCACACACAGUGCUGCUGGGUGCACCGCAUGGAGGUGAGAAUGAUGUUCCUGAGACACUGUAGUAGCUGCCUGAUACUGGAGUGGAGCAAUCUUCAGAAUACUCUUCAGAGGGACCCAUGGAAAAUGAACUGUUCUUAGAACAGACUGCAUCUGUAAAUAGGGCACCUACUCUCAGUUUUCUGAAUAAAUAAAUACAUGAUCUUUUAUAUUUAUUUCAAGAGCUGUUCAUGCUACAGAUCUCUUUACUAUAGGCUUUGUCUCUGAACUGAAAAAUAAAGACGUUUUAACAAAUAUGGUCCAAAAGUUACAGCUUCUACAUUCAUGCACAAAUUCCAGAGUUCUGAUAACGGAGCUACCACCGAGAGCUGCAAGUACUCAGUCUUAUGAGGCAACCGGACCAUUUAUUCGGGCCUCUUAUGCAGAUUUAGGGUUGUAAAGUAAAGCUCCCUUUCUAACAUGGUGUUUUUGAAGGGCUUGAGGGUGGGAUCUGGCAGCACCCCUUUGAAACUUUCUGCCUGUGGGCUUGGCUGGGCUGCCACUGUUUUCACCUGCUGAGCCGGGGCAGCACGAAGCACAAGUAGAAAAACUUGCCUUCGAAAGGAGUGGCAAAUGAAAAUGUAUAGCCCGAAAUCAGACAUUGUGAAUGGAUGAUUGUAUAUAUAGGUGUGCAGUAGGAGAUGGCAGUAGUAUUUUGUUUGGUUAUGCUCUUUGUAAGCACAGGGGGAGAUAAGGAUGGUAGUUAGCUGACCUUGCCAGUUGUGUGCUGGACUUGGACACCACGACAAGGCAGUGGUUUUCAUUAAUCAGUGAAAUUGGAGCUGUAGGUGGAUUUCCUGCCUAUGGUAAGUCAAAGCAGUUUGCUUUUUCAACUCGCUGGUGCUGCUGUUGUUACAAUGAAUAGUUAUUUCCAGUACGUUUUGCUGCUAAUUGUAAGGAGGUAUUCAAAGGGCUUACGAGGUGAAGAGGCUCUUUUCAAAACAGUUUUUCAUCUCUGGAGAAGGAAGUCUCCCCAAGCAAGGCUUGUUUAGACUGACCUCCAAUUAAUUGUUUAUUUAUCAUUUGGCUGAAUUACCUAACCUUAAAAAGGAAGAUGAUUUUUUUAAAGUAAUUUUUAUGUGUUCUUUCUUCUUAAUUCCUUCUACGUAUUAACAGCAAGAAGAACAAAAAGCAAAGGUAAAAAAUAAAUAAAUAAGUUGUCUAUUCAGUAUUGAAUAUAAAAAUGUAGAAUUCCCCGUGGUCAAGAAAUUGUGACUCCUUGGACUGCUGUAGUCUUGUAAUUAGUCAUUAAGGCGUGUGUGAUACAUCAAUAGCAGUCUAAGAGUAGCACGUAGUUUCUGAUCCUUUAUUAAUGUUUGUUGCAAUUCCUUAGGCCGGGUAGGUCAGGAGUUUGUAUAUCCAGUGCUACUGGUGCUGCAGCAUUUGUCUCAGCUCUUUGCAUCACCGUUUCAACUCAUAGGAGACCAUAGUGUCACUGUAUUUAUCCCCUCCUUUUUCCCCUCCUUGGAUGCUCUCUGUGCAUUUUGUUUGUGUACAUGUUUUUAGUAGUGUAAGAUAUGAAAUUUUAUAUAUUUUUUCAUAAAAAUAAAAAAUCUUUGAAAAAUG